AUGUUUCGUCGUUUGGUGCAUCUCUGCCUUUUUCUGUCAGUAUACCGGAUCAGCUCAGUGAUGAGCUGUAGAUGGAUCAAACAUAAGUUUCAGCACCAUCAUGGAGUCUCUCUAAAUCUGAUUGGAAAGAUGGGUGAGAAAAUCAUUGAGGACCAGGCGGACAUAAAUCCCAUCCCAUAUGAAAUGAUCAACAAUCACAGAAGUGCAGAGCCAGAGAAACAGAUCCUGUUUGCAAUUCAGAUUCUGGUAGAGAUCACUGACCUGUUUGAAUAUGCUGAAGAUGCCCCUUGGGAUCAUAAAAUGUUUGAGGAUUUCUUAAACGUCAUCCAUGAGGAGAUUAAUGGGCUACGCUCAUGUGGUGAUUUCAAAAUUAAGAAGAACAAAAAGCUGCAUUUGUAUUUUGAAAGACUGAGACGUAUGACACAAGUGAAGAUGGAGAAUGUGGGUAAAAGCUGGGAGAUUGUCAGGAAACGGGUCAUAAGCCUCAUGAACCAGCUGGAGUUCUUCUCUUUCCACACUCAUGCUUAA